AUGGGGAAUUUUGGUAGUCUGCUCAAGCGCUGGCUGGGAAAGAAGGAGAUGCGUAUUCUGAUGGUUGGUCUUGAUGCUGCUGGAAAGACCACAAUCCUGUAUAAACUGAAGUUGGGAGAGAUUGUCACAACAAUUCCUACAAUAGGCUUCAAUGUGGAGACGGUGGAAUACAAGAAUAUAAGCUUCACCGUGUGGGAUGUGGGUGGCCAAGACAAAAUUCGGCCCUUAUGGAGACAUUACUUUCAGAAUACUCAAGGUCUGAUAUUUGUUGUAGAUAGCAAUGAUAGGGAAAGAGUGGGGGAAGCCCGGGAGGAACUCAAUCGGAUGUUAAUCGAGGAUGAACUGAGGGAUGCAAAACUGUUAGUUUUUGCUAACAAACAGGAUUUACCAAAUGCGAUGAAUGCUGCCGAAAUCACAGACAAAUUAGGACUACACAGCUUGAGAAACCGGGCUUGGUAUAUACAGGCCACCUGUGCCACAAGUGGAGAUGGACUGUAUGAAGGCCUUGACUGGUUAUCCGCAAAUGUUAAGAAUAAAUAG